AUGAGUGAUGGUUAUGGUCCGGAUGCUGGUCAUGGGUGUCCGUUGGGUCUAGGUUGCUUGGGCAAGGGAGCUGAGCUUGGAACAAGGAAGAAGUUUCGGAAGAACAAGGAUGGGACAGGGGCGUCCGGAGCUGGAGAUGCCCCAGAACCCAAUCCACAAGUGUUGCUGUCAGUUCCACCUGCUGGACAUACUAAUGAGGUCAUUCUGACUGAAACUCAAGUUAAUCAGGCUGAGAUUCAGUUGGGUGGAGAGAACAGACAGAUGGACGAGACCGGACAACCAGUGAAUGCAGCCAGAAGUCAGCUGGGAGCAGCUGGUGGACAGCAGAGGAAUGAUGUGGAAGGUGAAGCUGAGUCCUCAGGGACUGGUAACCGAGUUGAUCCAAACAUCCAGAGGGAUGGGAGGAUUGGACCGGAUGAACCAAUGGCUGAACCAACCAUGAAGGAGAUACUCGAUGCAAUCAAGUUGAUGGGGAGUCAGAUGCUGGCAAUGACUCAAGUGUUCACACCAGUGGUGAAUUCAUCUGUGGGUCAGACUACUCAAGCACAAGUGAUAGCUCCUGGAACUGGAGUGACUGGUGGAUAUGUGGCGCCUCUUGCUGAGGUGAUUGAGUUGGAUCCACCAGUGGGAACAACUAAGAAGGUUGAUUACCUGAAGGUGCUUGAGCACAUCUCUCGUUUGGGAACCAAACACUUUGCUGGAAGUGCUGAUCCCAUGGAGGCAGAUGAGUGGAGGGACCGUCUGGUCAGAAACUUCAAAUCCACAAGGUGCCCUGAGGAGUACCAAAGAGACAUAGCAGUGCACUUCCUGGAGGGAGAUGCACACAACUGGUGGCUGUCCCUGGACAAGCGUACCAAUGGUUCCAUUGUGAAGUUCUCUGACUUUGAGGUUGAGUUCAACCACAAAUACUUUCCAGCUGAGGCAUGGGAUCGUUUGGAGGCAAAGUUCCUGGACUUGGUUAAGGGUAAACGGUCAGUAAGGGAGUAUGAGGAAGAGUUCAACCGGCUCAGGAGGUAUGUGGGUAAGGAACUUGAGGAUGAGAAGGUUCAGGUCCGCAGGUUCAUAAGGGGCUUAAGGCCUGAACUUAAGACUUAUUGCUCAGUCCGCACCUUCAACACAGUCUCUGAGCUGGUGGAAAGGAUGGCAAUGCUGGAAACCAAUCUGGCUGAGGAGAACAAGCACAAGCUGAAGAGUGUGGUGGUGUCCUCUGGUCAGGGUGGUGACAAGAAGAGAAAGAGGGAUGCGGCUAGUGCUGAAAGGCGAUGGGAGCUUGCACCCGUUGUGGCAAGAUGGAUCACUCAGCUCGGGAUUGUCCAGGUCCGGAUAGGAACCGUGGACAAGGCUCGACCAGUGAGGCCAGGACUUGUCAUCAGUGUGGCAAAAAAGGGCAUUUCCGUGUGGACUGUCCCCAGUUGCAAACUGGACAAGUGUAUUGGUGGUGUGGAAACACAUGUAUUAUUUGAUACUGGAGCUACACAUAGUUUUGUGAGUCCAGAUAUGAUUGGAAAAGGUAUGUUCCAAAUGGGAACUAGGGAUGAUCUUGGCUUGGUGAGUGCAGCCGGUGGGCAAAUGAUGCACCCACUAGGUCUAGUCAAAGACAUUCCAGUCAUGAUCCAUAGUAAGGCAAUGCCGGUGGAUCUGAUUGUGGUCCGCCUUAAGAAUCACGAGGUGAUCCUAGGUAUGGACUGGCUUGGCAAGAAUCGGGCCACCUUAGACUGUCAUCGAGGAAGGGUGCAGUUUGAGAGUGGGUGUGGACCCCCGAUCAAGUACCAAGGUAUUAAUCCGGCCUCUGGAUGCUUAGUGUUAUCAGCAGUCCGAGCGGCAAGGAUGCUGGAACAAGGUUGUGAGGCUUAUAUAGCCACAAUCACCACUAAGGAGGUCGUAGGGGAUGGUGGCCCGGACGGGAUACCGCUGGUCAGUGAGUUUGAUGAUGUGUUUAGGUCACUACAGGGCAUUCCCCCUGAUAGGUCAGACCCAUUCAUAAUAGAACUGGAACCAGGGACGGCCCCAAUGUCAAAGAGCCCAUACCGCAUGGCUCCAGCUGAGAUGGCUGAGCUAAAGAAACAACUUGAAGACCUCAUUGCAUCAGGAGAUGUAAAGAAGACAGCCUUCCGGACUAGGUAUGGCCACUAUGAGUUUGUGGUUAUGCCAUUCGGAUUGACUAAUGCACCAGCAGCCUUCAUGAAGAUGAUGAAUGGAAUUUUCAGAGAGUACUUAGAUGAAUUUGUAAUCAUCUUCAUUGAUGAUAUACUAGUUUACUCUAAGACCCGGGAAGACCAUGAGAAGCAUCUCAGGUUGGUGUUGGAAAGGCUGCGAGAGCAACAAUUGUUUGCCAAGUUAAGCAAGUGUAGCUUUUGGCAGAAGAGCAUUGGCUUCCUAGGACAUGUGGUGUCUGAGGAAGGAGUGUCUGUUGAUCCGGAGAAGAUCAAGUGCAUACAAGAGUGGCCAAGACCAAAGAAUGCUACAGAAGUAAGAAGCUUCUUGGGUUUGGCCGGAUACUACAGAAAGUAUGUCAAAGGGUUUGCAAGUGUGGCACAACCUAUGACACAGCUUACUGGAAAGGAUGUCAAAUUCAUCUGGUCAGAAGCUUGUGAAAAGAGCUUUGAAGCCUUGAAGAACAUGCUGACCAGUGCACCAGUUUUGGUGUUACCUGAGGAAGACCAACCAUAUGUGGUGUACACGGAUGCUUCUAUUACUGGAUUAGGCUGUGUGCUCACACAGAAUGGGAAGGUCAUAGCAUAUGCCUCAAGGCAACUCAGGAAGCAUGAGGGCAACUACCCAACACACGACCUGGAGAUGGCCGCAGUGGUAUUUGCCUUAAAGAUAUGGAGAUCAUACUUGUAUGGUGCCAAGGUCCAGAUUCUCACUGACCACAAGAGCCUGAAGUACAUUUUCACUCAACCUGAGUUGAAUUUGAGACAGAGGCGGUGGAUGGAGUUUGUGGCCGACUAUGAUUUAGACAUUGCCUACCACCCAGGCAAGGCCAAUCUAGCCCUAGGGACAAGAGUGAACAUGAGCACCUCCUACCAUCCUCAGACGGACGGUCAGUCAGAAAGGACCAUCCAGACAUUGGAAGAUAUGCUAAGGGCAUGUGUUCUAGAUUGGGGUGACUCAUGGGAGAGGCAUUUACCACUGGUAGAGUUUGCAUACAACAACAGCUUUCACACCAGCAUAGGUAUGUCUCCUUAUGAAGCAUUGUAUGGGCGGCCUUGCAGGACACCUUUAUGCUGGACCCAAGUGGGGGAGCGCAGCAUAAUAGGUCCUGAGAUUGUAGAAGAGACCACAGAAAAGAUUAAACUGGUAAAGGAAAAGAUGAAGGAAGCUCAAGACCGCCAAAAGAGCUAUGCUGACAAGAGAAGGAAACAUCUUGAGUUUGAGGUUGGUGAUCUAAUCUAUCUCAAGAUGAUUACCUUCAGAGGUGCCUGA